AACCAACCAGCCGGUCCGGUAUCUGGGCGCUGGGGAUCACUGGAAGGAGCCGAGGGGCGCCGGAGCCCCCAUGCAGCGGACGGGAAGUUUUUAGAGAUGGCUGACUUUCUGAAUUUUCCUCACUGAUGGUUGAUUAAAAUUUGGAAGCACAGGAUGCAAAUAGCUGCUCUGAUGUUUUGAUGUUACGUGAGCAUCCAAGGAAGACAGCCUCUCUCCCCAGUGAGAGACUAUAAAAUGCAUGUUAUGAAUUGUGUCUCCUUGGUCAAUGAUAAAGAAAAUGGAGCUAUUUCAGUUGAAGCUGGAUUAAUGAUUGGAGAUACAACAGAGCCACAAGAACCACAGCCGCCUCCACCACCACCUCUACCUCCUCCACCAUGUCAGUCUACAGAAGCUGCUGGGGUACCGCCGCCGCCGCCUCCUCCUCCUCCAGUACUAAGCAGACCUCCAUUGCCACAGAUUGUAAAUGGGCAUGGCCACCAGAGCAAGAAGAAGCGGAUACGAAAUUUCUUCUGGAAAACUAUCCCUGAAGAACAAGUUCGGGGUAAAACUAAUAUCUGGACUAUUGGUGCAAAGCAGAGCUACCAAAUUGACACAAAGACAAUUGAGGAAUUCUUUGGGCAGCAUGAAGAAACAGCGCGUCUGGAUGCCAGGCGUAGAAGUUCAAGGAGAUCAUUUAGGGAUGCCAAACAAGAGAUUAAUAUUUUGGAUGCCAAAAGAAGUAUGAAUAUUGGAAUUUUCCUCAAGCAGUUCAAAAAGUCGAUUGGAUCCAUAAUUGAAGAUCUUAACUCAGGAAGAAGUGAUCUGUAUAGUUCUGAAACACUAUGUGAACUUCUUAAAUUAUUGCCAGAAACAGAAGAGGUAAAAAAAUUAAAAGACUUCAGUGGAGAUGUAUCACAAUUGUGUCAAGCGGAUUCUUUUAUGUACUUGCUAAUCCAGGUGCCAAACUACUCACUGCGAAUUGAAGCCAUGAUGUUGAAAAAAGAAUUCUCCCCAUCUUGUACUUCUCUGCAGAAAAACAUGACAAUUAUAAGGAGGGCUACUAAGGAGCUGAUGUCCUGUGAAGAGUUACAUUCCAUAUUGCAUUUGGUCCUUCAGGCUGGGAACAUUAUGAAUGCUGGAGGCUGUGCUGGCAAUGCGGUUGGUUUUAAACUGGCCUCAUUACUCAAGUUGGCAGAUACAAAAGCGAACAGGCCUGGGAUGAACCUGCUUCAUUUUGUUGCUUUGGAAGCCCAAAAGAAGGAUAAAGUUCUUCUAACCUUUUCAGAAAAAUUGCAGCAUGUUCAAGAGGCAGCCAGAAUACCUAUUGAUAAUCUAGAAGCAGAGCUCAAUUCACUCUCUUCAAAAAUAAAAUCUCUUAAGGAAAAUAUUCGAAAGGAUUCAGAGCUGUUCCGCCAGAUGGAAGGCUUCUUCCAGUUUGCUGUAAAAGAAGUGAAAGAGCUUGAGCAGUGGAAACGGGACCUGCUAAAGGAAGCAAAUGCCCUUAUGGACUUCUUGUGUGAAGAUAAACAAACAGUGAAAUUGGAGGAGUGCUUUCAGAUAUUUAGGGAUUUUUGUCUAAGGUUCAACAAAGCUGUUAAGGAAAACAAGGAAAGAGAGGCCCAUGAACUUCAGCAGCGGCAGCGUUUAAAGGAGCGGGGAGAUAAACGUCUGUCAUGGGUUGUUGGAGAGCUUGGGGCUUUUGGCAGGAGCAGCAGUGAAAGUGAUGUUGGUACACUGACUAGGAGAGGACUUGAAGAUUUUCUACCCUUCUUGCAGCAGAGACCCCAAAGUCCUUCCUACAGAAAUGCCAGCAUUAGGCGGUCCCGUCAUUCCUUGGGCAUCACUGCAGAACGAGAGCUGUUGGCUUUCCUAGAGGUCUCAAAGGAUGAGGAGCCAAACAAGUCAAACAGCCUCCCCCGUGCACAAGCAAGACCCAGUGUAGCUUGGACUGAAUCUGAAGAGUCUGAAGAGCAUCGUUUAACUAACUCACACUUACAUCGGGCAUCUGAAGAAGGCACGGACUGCAGUUUUUUCUGGUCAUCCCCACCUCAGCCUGGUCUCAUAGAAGAUGUAGAGGAGUUAGAUACUGCCAAUGAACAAGAGAGUGUGGACAGUGACAAGUACAGGUUCAAUGUGCCUUGUAUGGAAGCCACAGGUACAGCUCCGUGGGAUCUGUCUGUUGAGGAACAUGAACUUGUUACUGGGCUGCUUAAGUUUGACCUCCAUGGAGCAAAUACUACAGAGGACCCAUCCACAGUUCAUUUUGAGAUUGGUGGGACAGAUCUGAAGACUGGCAUUGCAGGUGAUACAGUAUCACCAUGCAGAACAUCUAGAGAGACUGUUUAUAAGGCUGAAGAUGAAGCUCCAGAACUUAGUAGUGAUAGUCCCAAUUCUACAGAUAGUAGUGUUUCAGGAAAUAAGGUGCAUGGGCCAUCCUUCUGCAUAUCAGAUACUACUGACUGUUCUUUGACACUUGAUCUGUCAGAAGGAAAUGGUGGAAAGCUCAGUGGCAACAAAAUGAAAAAAGAAGAUGGUGCCAUGGCCCUUUUUAUGAAUGACCUGCAAACUGGUGGCAGAUCUCUUUUAGGUGUCAACUCUUCAUUUCCAGUUGAUAAAGAAGACUCUACCAGCAAGCUUGGUCUUCCUAAGGAAAGACAUGUAAAGAGCAAAGACGCAUCAGGACCAAAGAGAAACUCCCUAAAAGAUAAAUCUCCAAAUUCCACAAAAUCCAGCAGCGGUCCUCCCAAUCACCCCAGACCAGUCAGAACUCUAAAUGCCUCUGAGAAUGCAAAUAUGAGAAAAGUUGUGCCUAUUUCCAGAUCAACUAAAGCACCAUCCCCUACUUGUACAAAAAAGCCUGAGGCAAAACCAGCACCUCGAGAAACCACUGUAACUGAAACACGGCCCUUGCGACGUAAUUCUGUUCGGGGUGUUGCAGAAACAGUGCCAAAACCUCUGUACAGGCAAAGCAUAUCUGUAGAGGAGCCAAAAUUCCAGCGAGGGACUUCAUAUUCAAGCAGUGGCCAUUUUGAGAGGGAGCAACUUCAGCACAAAGGCUCCUUUAAAAAGCCAAGCUCUAAGCCUGUCAGGUAUGUCCCCAAGCCGAAAAAUGAUGAAACGAAGAUAUGCCGCUCUUCGACCAAGCCCCAGCAGUCCCCUGUAGAUACUAACAAAAGCACAGCUGUCAUCGUUCCCAAGACACCAACUCCCAUUCCAAGUUUUGCCAGGAAUACAGUGGCCUCUUCCUCGAGAUGCGCAAAGGUGGAGUUGCCAGCCUCUUCUAGAGCUCCAACACUCACAAGGUCCCUGUCUCAGAGGCUGCCUAGGAUGAGAAUAGCAACAACAACUGAUGAGUUUAAUCCAAGGGAAAACAGUGGAAGCCCUCUGAAAAGAGCAAACAGUGCUAGAAUGAUUAAACGGAGCACCGACACUGUUGACCACCUAAGUGUUAAGAUGGAGUCUAUGUUAAGGGAACAAACAGACCUGGAGAAGUCAGCAUCCCUUAAAUUUAAAGAAGGGAGUCAGACUACAAUAGGAAAAUUGCUGAAUCACUUCUGAAAAUAUGGGGGGUUAUCAUUUAGCAAUACAGAAUGUGAAAACCAGUUUUUUCAACGCUGAAAUUUGUCUGUUGUGAAAUAUCCAAGAAGUUAUAUUUUAAUAGUAUCAACUGGUAAUUAAGGUACGUUGUGCAUCAGGAAUGACAAGCUCCUUAGCUGUCUGGUUUUGAUCCUGCUGUAUGUCUGAAUUGAAUGUAUUCAGAUUGACUGAUGGAAUAGCUGUAAACAAAGUUUCUUUGCUUUUGGGACAUAGUACCUCCACACUGAUUUUCCAUGCUAAAGAAAUGAUUUUGUCUACUGUGGGGUGGAGGGAAGCAGAACUGGAGAUGAUGUUCAGUUCUUAUGUAACCACUGUGUUUCUAAAUAUGCAGUUCUCAACAUCUUUUGGGGAAAAGAUGAAAAGCAGAUUGGGAUCACUUUAAAACCUUGGCUCCAAGAAUAUAUUGUGCCUGUUGCAGAGUCCAUUGCUGGCAAUUGGACACAUGGAAGCGCUGGCCUACAAUAAUGGUUAACUAGGACACUGCUGUUUGAGGGGAGGCGCUGCUGUAAUACCACCUUGAAUUCACAGCAUGUCUUAAAUUGUAUGUGUGUCUGUAACAGGAAAGGGGAAACUCUGCUGGGCAGAAUGUUGAUUCUCCAUGAGUGUGGAAGAACUGCCUUGCAUGUACAAGUAGAUUAGUCUGUGGAAUGACUGGUGCUGGAAUGAGUAGAGUUAGCUGAAGGCUAUGGUGUUCAGAAACCACAGGUAGCUGUUAGAGAAGAUGACUACAGGUGACCUGAUUUGUGUCAGUCACAUGCAAACUUGCCAGCUUUUGAUGUACAAAAGUGCCAUAUUUAUAGUACAUAUCUCAGAUGCUGCAGCUUUGGAAACCUGUAAGAGCUGCAACCUCAUGCAGAGCACUUUUCCUACUAACUCUUGUUUCCACUGGUUUUAGCUAAUACCAGAUGACUUGAAAUGCUGCUAUGGCUUUGGUUAGUAAGAGCCAUUGGUUUCCCUGCUGCCUCCCUUUUGUCAAUAUGACCAGUUGGCAUGAAACACACACAUUCCUUUUAUGCAUGAUGGAAGGCACUUUUUUUUUGUAAAAUAAGCUUAAUUUGCUUCAGAUAUGGAUUUUAACACUACCUUUUUAAACUUUACUUUUUGAUAAGCUUUUUUAAAAAAGUUAAAAAAAGAAACAACUUGCUGGGGAAAAUAUGACCCUAGUUCAGACUAGGAUUUUGAGAAGGAGGGAAAACCUGUCGUGAUGUGUUCUGCCUUCUUGUCCCUUUUCUAGGUACAUAUAUGUAGGUGCAGAAACUGGCUGUUACGUCAGCCUCUUUAUUUAAAUAUGUGCUAUCUUUUUCAUUUAUAAAAACCUCAUUUUAAAAAAUGCAAUGGAAAUAUUCUAACACCUUCUCUUAUCACUGCCACUUUCUUACUCACCCCAUGAAGAUUCAUCUGUCUCCAUUAAUUACGUGCACAGAUGUUUCUAUAAACCAAUAAUUGACACAAACGUCGGGUCAGCUAGUUUAGUAAUUAUACCAUUCAAUCUCAUUACAUUAUUUUUCAUAUAUAUAUGAAUGGUUUUCAGAAUCUCCUUUCUGGAAAAUAUGCAAAAAUGCCAUCAAAUGCACCACGGGCCUUCCAUACAAGCCACCACCCUGUUGCCAUGGUUGGCUUAAUUCUAAAUGUUACUGGAGGGAACCAUUGCUUUCUACCCUGUGAACUUCUCAGAUAAUUCUCCUUCAAAGGUUAAAUAUAAAAGCAUGUUCAUUUGACCCUAGCUGUAUCUUUUUUGUGUGCUCAUCUGUGAGAGCAGGUGAUGGAUUUUUAUUACCUUUUGAUGGUAGUGAGCUUGAAAAGAAAAUAAUUUAAUUGUUAUGUGUUUGGAAACUGUAAGUAAAAUCUCAGUAUGUGUAAAAAUGAGCUGGAUGUAUUUA